AUGACCAACAUCGCGUUCAUGGGCACGCUCGUCUGCUCUGGAAGGGGAAGUGGCCUCGUCAUCUCCACAGCCACCCACUCCAAGUUUGGCGAGGUGCUGAAAAUGAUGCAGGAGCAAGAGUCGCCAAAAACUCCCCUCCAAAACUCGAUGGAUCACUUGGGGAAGCAGUUGUCAAUCUACUCGUUUGGCGUGAUCGGCGUGAUCUUCGUCAUUGGCCUCGUGCAGGGCCACAACGUCCUCGACAUGUUCACCAUCGGCGUCAGUUUGGCCGUGGCUGCAAUCCCGGAAGGACUUCCGAUCGUCGUCGCCGUCACCCUGGCCAUCGGCGUGAUGAGGAUGGCCAACCGGAGAUGUGUCGUCAAAAAGAUGCCCGCUGUGGAAACGCUGGGUUGCGUGACGGUGAUCUGCUCGGACAAGACGGGCACGCUGACGAAGAACGAGAUGACGGCCACCGUUGUUGUCACGCCGGAAGGAAGGAGGGCUGAGGUAACCGGCCUCGGGUACGCCGUCGACGGCGGUAUCUGCACGUACAACGGGCAAACGGUCACCGGAUGGAGCCACCCCGAAUUCGCCUCCAUCAUCGAAGCCGGCGCCGUCUGCAACAACGCGGCCAUCGUUGGGGAAAGUGUCGUCGGGCAACCAACUGAGGGAGCCCUCGUCGUGCUCGCCAAAAAGACCGGAUUGGAGCAAUGCCGAUUGAGCUACACUCGCCAAGGGGAGAUCCCGUUCUCGCACGACAACAAAUGGAUGUCCGUGCAAUGCGUCAAUCAGCAGGGCAACGUGGUGCAUUUCGUGAAAGGUGCCUCGGAUCGGAUCAUCGAACUGUGCGACUCGUAUCUGUCGGCUGAUGGACGGAGGCUGGCCCUCGACGCGCAGACGCGAAAAUUGAUCAACGACGGGGCGAGUGCGGUGGCGUGUCAGGGGCUCAGAGUGCUAGCGUUCGCGCGCGGCGACUCGGUGCAGUCUCUACAGCUUCUCGGGCUGGUCGGCAUGUGGGAUCCGCCGAGGCCCGGCGCCGCUGAAGCCAUCGAGAUCGUCAAAUCGUCGGGCGUCGACGUGAAGCUGAUCACUGGCGACAGUCAGGAGACCGCGCAGAGCAUCGGUGAACGGUUGAUGAUUCACUCUUCGGCUGACAUGUGCCUUUCCGGCCACCAAAUCGAGCAGAUGAGCGACCACGACCUCGAGAUGGUCAUUCGCCAGGUGACGAUCAUCUACCGGGCGACCCCGCGGCACAAAUUGAAGAUUGUGAAGGCACUGCAGACGCUUGGCGAAGUCGUCGCGAUGACUGGAGAUGGUGUCAACGAUGCGGCCGCCUUGAAGAAGGCCGAUAUCGGAAUCGCCAUGGGAAUCAGCGGUACCGACGUCUGCAAGGAGGCGGCCGACAUGGUGCUCUGUGACGACGACUUUUCAACGCUCGAACACGCGAUCGAGGAGGGCAAGGGCAUCUACCACAACAUCACCAACUUUGUCCGCUUCCAGCUUUCGACUUCUGUGGCCGCCCUGUCGUUGAUCGCGGCGUCGACCAUCUUUGGCUUUGAGAACCCGCUGAACGCGAUGCAAAUCCUGUGGAUCAACAUCAUCAUGGACGGGCCGCCCGCGCAGAGCUUGGGCGUGGAGCCGGUAGAUGCGGACAUCAUCAAGCAGCGCCCCCGCAACACAAAGCAGCCGAUGCUGACGAUGAAGCUGAUCUCGCACAUCCUCUCCUCGGCCGCCAUCAUUGUCGUCGGGACGCUAUGGGUGUUUUAUAAAGAGAUGUCGGCCGACAACAAGAUCACUCCGCGCGACACCACGAUGACGUUCACCUGCUUCGUGCUGUUCGACAUGUGGAACGCGCUGUCGUGCCGCAGCAGUCGGAAGAUGAUAUGGGAAAUUGGAUUGUUUAGGAAUCGGAUGUUCUGCCUAGCCGUCGCUGGCUCACUCCUCGGCCAGCUGGCGGUCAUCUACUGGGCCCCGUUGCAGCGCAUCUUCCAGACAGAGACGCUCUCCAUCUACGACCUCGUGUUCCUGACAGCCCUCACGUCGACGGUGUUCGUCUUCAACGAGACGCGCAAGUUCUUCGAGCUGCGCAGCAACGGCCAGCUGCCCAGCAGCCAUUUCGACCCGUCGAGCGUCAAGACCACC